ACAGGUGAGCCCCAUGUCGCACAAUGGACUUCCUCCACGUGCUUUGGUUGGUGUUUAUCGCCGGGCUGAGAGCAGGACAGCGUCGAGCCUGCCCCCAAGGCCAGUGGGAAUGUGACGACGGUAACUGUAUCUCUGCAGAAUGGAGGUGUGACGCGGAUGGAGACUGUCUCGAUGGCUCGGAUGAGACUGAGUGCCAAAGGCCCCCCUCCAGCCCGUGUCCCGCGGGGCAGUUUGAGUGUGUGGAUUCUGUGGGGUGUGUGAACGAGUCGGGCAGAUGCGACGGCGUGCGCCAAUGCCCCACCGGCUCGGACGAGGAGGACUGUGUGACGAGUGGCGGCUGUUUGGAGGCAGACUGGCUGUGUCACAACGCCAUGUGUGUCCCGAGGGAGGCGCGCUGUGACGGCAACGAUGACUGUCUGGACCGCUCGGACGAACAGGACUGUGGGCUGUGUAAGGCGGGCUGGUUGCGUUGUCCCGAGGGGCUCUGUGUGUCUCCGGAGCAGCGGUGUGAUGGAAUCCGCCACUGUUCAGACGGAAGCGAUGAACCCCUGAGCUGCGGUCACACGUGCUCUGGGGCUCACGGGGGCUGUAGCCAUGACUGCACGGAUGAACCGGGCGGGGUCCGCUGCAGUUGCCCCCCUGGACUCAAACUGUCGGUCAACGGAGUGAUGUGUGAGGAUGUGGAUGAGUGCAGCAAGCCCUUUCCCCCCUGCACUCAAUACUGCACCAACACUGUGGGCUCCUUCUACUGCCACUGCCGGGAGGGGUUCGUCCUGGACCAGUCUGUAUGUCUGGCCUCAGGUGGCGCCCCAAGACUGCUGUCUGUCCAGAAACGAUCCCUGGGCCUCGUUGGUAUCAAAGGCCAGGCUUUUAAAACGCUCUGGACAGCGGACUCUGAGCCUCUUGCCGUGACCUUUGACCUGGUCAGGGGGUGGUACUACUGGGCAGAGGGCCAGGGCUCGAUCUUCAAGACUGACGGGAGGAAGAACCACACUGUGUACACUGGGCUGCCAGGGAUCAUAUCUUUGGCUUGUGAUUGGUUGAAUGGAGAUUUGUAUUGGACCAAUCGGAAGACUCAAUCGAUCUACAUGGGUUCUGCUGAUGGGAAGGGCUUCACAACGCUACUGAGCAAAAGCAUCAGUCCAUCCGAGAUGGUGGUUUUACCCACGGAAAGCCUGAUGUUCUGGAUCAACCUGGGCCCGGGAGAGAGGGCGACUCUGGACUGCUCCUGGAUGGAUGGUGCCGACCGGAGAGCCCUGGUCGUCCUGACCACUCAGGGGGCUCACAGCCUCACGGUGGACGUGGCCUCCAGGAGACUGUACUGGAUCAGCGACUUCAAGCACUCCGUGGAGACGGUCAGGGUGGACGGCACCGGCCGUUCCUCGUUCCCCGGCCUGCUGGGCAGCACCGGGGCUGCCACUGGGCUCGCCGUGUUUGGAAACCGCUUCUAUUGGACGGACCGCCAAGGACUCUGGAGGGCAGAUCAGAACCCGACCAGCGUGAAGGCGUUGAUCCAGAGGGCCGCUCUUCCCUUCAUGACCGUCGUCCACGCGCUGCAGCAACCACAAGGCUCCUCUGCGUGUACAAACAGUCCCUGCCAGCUCUGCCUGCCCACCAAGAACAACCCCCUGGGCUUCACCUGCAGCUGCCCCGACUCAAAGAUACUCAUGCCAGACAGGAGAUGCGAAUACCCAAGGUUUGUGUAUGCAACUGCAGCGAGCAUCAACAUGUUGGAGUUCAAGGAGGGGGAAGUGAUUCAGACCCAGCUGUUCACCACAAAGGGCAUCCUCACCUACGACGUAGACUGGUACCGAGACGGGCUUUACUGGGCCAACAGAAGCGGCCAGAUACAGCACACCAGCCUCACACAGCGCAAGACCCAACCUGUCCCCACGCUGCUACCAGUUUGUUUAAUCAAGUUGGACCAGCGAUCUGGAGUCAUCUUCUGGGUGUCAUGUGACCAGGCCACCAUCGGCAUCACUGUUGCAUUCGGUGGUUACCCGCAGGAACUGUACCACACCAAGGGGGGCGGGAUCAAGGACGUGUAUGUUGAUUGGCUGCGGGGCACGGUUUACUGGCUGGAGGGCGUCCGCCUCCUGAGCAUGGGGGUGCAGGGGGGUCCUGCCAAGGAGCUGCUGAACCUGAGCUCGGGCUUCACUGGGACCAUUGCCCUGGACCUGCGGGCCAACGCCAUGCUGUGGACCACGGCUUCUGCAGGCUUGUCAACACUGAGCUUGCUCCAGAAAAGGACCCACGUCUACGGCCCUCGAUGGAACAUCACAGGAUCAGUGGUUGCGGCAUUCGAACCCUACCUGCUGUCCUUCUCUGAUAAUGCCCUAACACUGUGGGACCGCCGAGAUGGGCGUAGCCUCAAGGUCGUGACCCUGGAUGGCAGUGUGUUUGGGGUGAUGGUGGCUCUGAAGGACAUAAGGGCAGGUCCAGACCAGCCCAUCUGCCCAAAGCCAUCGUUUCUGUGCCCUGAUUCGGCGGUGUGUCUGACCCCAAGCCAGCUCUGCGACGGGAAGGAAGACUGCCCGAAUGGGUUUGAUGAGAACCUAUGCGUUAAGAGCUGUCCUCAGAAAGGAGACUUCAGGUGCAAGGACCGGCGGAGCUGCGUCCCCAGGAGCUCAGUGUGUGACGGUCGUGCUCACUGCAAUGACGGCUCGGAUGAGUUGAGCUGUCCUACCGUAGCAGCUGUGGCUCCCCAGACAAACAGCCUCAAGUGUCGCAAGGGCACCAAAGCCUGUAGAGACGGCCAGGAGUGUGUCCUCUUCUCUCACAUGUGUGACGGAGAGCCAGACUGUAAAGAUGGAUCUGACGAGGAGAGCUGUGAAAAGUAUUCCGUUCCUCCACUGGUACCAGCCGUGGGCCCAUCAGACAAACCCUUCCCUACUGUGGUCUCUGGAGAGGUUGCUGGUCUUCCAGAGCCCCCACUUCCCCUCAAGGCCCUCUGUAUCAGCCCGGCAGUACAGUGUCCUCAAUCAGACGUCUGCAUCUUCCAGACUCAACUCUGCGACGGCCGGAAAGACUGUCCGGAUGGAUCGGAUGAGGGGAACUGCGUGAAAAGAUGUGCGAAUAAAGCUGACUUCAGGUGUAAGGACCGGCGGAGCUGCGUCCCCAGGAGCUCAGUGUGUGACGGUCGUGCUCACUGCAACGACGGCUCGGAUGAGUUGGGCUGUCCUACCGUAGCAGCUGUGGCUCCCCAGACCAACAGCCUCAAGUGUCGUAAGGGCUCCAAGGCCUGUAGAGACGGCCAGCAGUGUGUUCUCUACUCCCACGUGUGUGACGGAGAGCCAGACUGUAAAGAUGGAUCUGACGAGGAGAGCUGUGAAAAGUAUUCCGUUCCUCCACUGGUACCAGCCGUGGGCCCAUCAGACAAACCCUUCCCUACUGUGGUCUCUGGAGAGGUUGCUGGUCUUCCAGAGCCCCCACUUCCCCUCAAGGCCCUCUGUAUCAGCCCGGCAGUACAGUGUCCUCAAUCAGACGUCUGCAUCUUCCAGACUCAACUCUGCGACGGCCGGAAAGACUGUCCGGAUGGAUCGGAUGAGGGGAACUGCGUGAAAAGAUGUGCGAAUAAAGCUGACUUCAGGUGUAAGGACCGGCGGAGCUGCAUCCCCAGGAGCUCAGUCUGUGACGGUCGUGCUCACUGCAACGACGGCUCGGAUGAGUUGGGCUGUCCUACCGUAGCAGCUGUGGCUCCCCCGACCAACACCCUCAAGUGUCGCUUGGGCUCCACACCGUGUGGAGACGGGAAACAGUGUGUCCCUCACACUCACAUGUGUGACGGAGAGCCAGACUGUGGAGAUGGAUCUGACGAGGAGAACUGUGAAAAGUAUUCUGUUCCUCCACCGGUACCAGCCGUGGGCCCAUCAGACAAACCCUUCCCUACUGUGGUCUCUGGAGAGGUUACUGGUCCUUCAGAGCCCCCACUUCCCCCCAAGGCCCUCUGUAUCAGCCCGGCAGUACAGUGUCCUCAAUCAGAUGUCUGCAUCUCCCAUGCCCAGCUUUGCGACGGCCCGAAAGACUGUCCAGAUGGAUCGGAUGAGGGGAACUGCGUGAAAAAAUGUUCAAAUAAAGCUGACUUCAGGUGUAAGGACCGGCGGAGCUGCGUCCCCAGGAGCUCAGUGUGUGACGGUCGUGCUCACUGCAACGACGGCUCGGAUGAGUUGGGCUGUCCUACCGUAGCAGCUGUGGCUCCCCAGACCAACAGCCUCAAGUGUCGUAAGGGCUCCAAGGCCUGUAGAGACGGCCAGCAGUGUGUUCUCUACUCCCACGUGUGUGACGGAGAGCCAGAUUGUGGAGAUGGAUCUGACGAGGAGAGCUGUGAAAAUCAUUCUGUUCCUCCACUGGUACCAGCCUUGGGCUCAUCAGACAAACCCUUCCCUACCGUGGUCUCUGGAGAGGUUACUGGUCUUCCAAAGCCCCCCCCUCCCUCCUGCAUCAGCCCGGCAGUACAGUGUCCUCAAUCAGAAGUCUGCAUCUCCCAGACCAAGCUCUGCGACGGCCGGAAAGACUGUCCGGAUGGAUCGGAUGAGGGGAACUGUGUGAAAAGAUGUGCGAAUAAAGCUGACUUCAGGUGUAAGGACCGGCGGAGCUGCGUCCCCAGGAGCUCGGUGUGUGACAGUCGUGCUCACUGCAACGACGGCUCGGAUGAGUUGGGCUGUCCUACCGUAGCGGCUGUGGCUCCCCCGACCAACAGCCUCAAGUGUCGUAAGGGCUCCAAGGCCUGUAGAGACGGCCAGCAGUGUGUUCUCUACUCCCACGUGUGUGACGGAGAGCCAGACUGUGGAGAUGGAUCUGACGAAGAAGAAUGCCAACUGGCUUGUAAAGAAGGUGAGUUCAAGUGUGCUGACGGGAGGCGGUGCCUACCCAUGGAUCAGGUAUGUGAUGGAAAGCCCCAAUGUCCAGACCACUCGGAUGAGAGCGACUGCUGGAAGCCCUCAAAGAGCUGCCAACAUCGCUGUGACGACAACAAACGCUGCCUCCCUAAAAGCUUCCUGUGUGAUGGAGAGCGGGACUGUCAGGAUGGCUAUGACGAGAGCAACUGUGCGUCUCACCAUAAUGACCCUCCAGGGCCCACACAUGAGCUUCUCGGCACCCCCGCAUCUCCCCAGAAUCGGUGCCUCUCUCCCAGGCUGCUGUGUGCCACCUCCUCCCUCUGUCUGUCUCGGAAGCAGAUAUGUGACGGACAGAAAGACUGUCCGGAUGGAUCAGAUGAGAAAGACUGUUUGACCCGUUGUGAAGACCCAGCAGCCUUCCUGUGCAGAGAUGGGAGUCGCUGUGUUCCCAGACAGCUGGUGUGUGAUGGUCGCUCUCAGUGCCCGGAUGCUUCAGAUGAGCAACAGUGUGACGCUAAAGACCCCUCGGUUUCCUAUCGCCGCCCCAGUCCUCCGGCUGCCCCCCUCAGGUGUCGACUGGGGUCCAAGCUGUGCCGGGACGGCAGGGAGUGUGUGAUCUACAGCCACGUGUGUGACGGGGAGGCGGACUGUGUAGACGGCUCUGACGAGGAGGACUGCAGCUCCCAGUGCAAAGGGGAUUUCCAGUGUGCCCAUGGCAGCAGGUGCAUCCCCCUGGACCAGGUGUGUGACGGCCAGUACCAGUGUCAGGACCGCUCAGACGAGCUGGACUGCCCGGUGCUGAUGGAGGGCUGCCAGCAUGGCUGUGACAACAACACGCGCUGCAUCCCCCAGAGCUUCCUGUGCGACGGGGAGAGGGACUGUGCCGACGGCUCAGAUGAGGGGACGUGUGCUGUGCAGCAGUGCGGGAUAGCCCAGUUCCGCUGCUCCAGUGGCCAUUGUGUGUCGGACGGCCUGCGGUGCGAUGGAUACGCAGACUGCCGGGACCACUCAGACGAGGUUGCCUGCAGCAGACCCCCGCGGUGCAAGGCGGACCUCCGCUGUCCCAACAGCCAUGAAUGCCUGCAGAAGGCGUGGCUGUGCGACGGGGAGAAGGACUGCGAGGACGGGUCGGACGAGAAGGACUGUACGUUUGCUGCAGAGAAGUGCAGGGCGUUUCAGUGGCAGUGUGGAGACAGCAGCCAGUGUGUCCCGCUCACCUGGAGGUGCGAUGGACGGAAGGACUGCCAAAACGGUGUGGACGAAGACAAAUGUGGCGCCCCAAAGUGUCCUACUCUGACGUUCCAGUGUGGGAGCAGAGAGUGUCUGGACCCCGCCCUGGUCUGCAACAGCAUCACCAACUGUGCCGACGGGUCCGACGAGGGCCCGGGGUGUCUGCAGCAGAACUGCUCCAGUCCAGCGGCACCCCGCUGUGACCACCGCUGUGUCACCACCCCCCAUGGAGCGAGGUGCUACUGUUCCCCGGGCUUUAGGCUUCACACCAGCGGGAUGUCCUGCGUGGACGAGGACGAGUGUAACCAGGGCGACGCUGUGUGCAUGCACCGCUGUCUGAACACGCCCGGCUCCUACGUCUGCCGCUGCCACCCUGGCUUCUUGCUGGAGCCUAACAAGAGGACCUGCAAACCCAAAGAUGAGGCGAUGCUGCUGGCCUCGGUGCAGUCAGAGCUGCUGGUGGUGGGGCUUCACUCGGCCCAGAUCAAGCUGCUGUCCUGGGCCAGCCGGCCCGUCUUCUCCCUGGACUACCACUGGCAGAAGCAGAGGGUCUACUGGCUGAGCCCCGACCACCAGAGCGUCCGCUGGGCGCAUCUCAGUGACCCAAACAUUAAGGGGACUCUUGUCAAAGGUCUGAGGUCAGACUUCCUGGCAGUGGACUGGGUGGGUAUGAACCUGUACUGGGUGGACGGCCUGCUGGCCCAGAUCGUGGCGGUGCCACUGGUGGACUACCUGGUGCGUCCACAGAACUACACUGUGGUUCUGGACGAGGACCUGCAGCAGCCCAGCUCUCUGGUCCUGCUGCCCCAUCGAGGCCUGAUGGUGUGGUCCGAGAUCGGCAGCAGUCCUCAGAUCGAGCAGGCAGGGAUGGACGGGUCCAAAAGGAAGGUGCUGGUCAACAAAAGCCUGAGCUGGCCCGCCAGCUUGACCUUUGACCUCCUUGGUGACAGGCUUUACUGGGUCGACGAGAAGCUCCGCUGCAUUGGCUCCGCCUCCCUGGACGGAGACAACCUGAAGAUCCUCCAGCUGGCUGAAACUCCAAGUCCGUUCUCGGUAGCGGUGUUCAACGACAGGGUGUAUUGGUCGGACACCAAGAGGAGAACGAUUCGCUCAGCCGACAAAUCCACCGGGAAAGACCAGAAGGUUCUGCUGAAAAGACCAGGACAACCAUUUGGACUCAAGCUGAUGCAUCCCCUCUCCCAGCCCGCCCUCAUCAGCCCGUGUGACAAGACCAGGUGUUCCCACAUCUGCCUGCUGGGGCCGGGCUCCGGGGCCCUCCAGGGGCCCACCGCUGUGUGCCGAUGCCCAUUGGGGCUGUUCCUCUCCCAGAGCAGAGUCACCUGCUCCCCCCCUUCAGAGAGCGCCUUCCUUCUACUGCUGUCCCAGACCUCCAUCACCCAGGUGUUCCUGAGCUCCCUCCAGAACGGCGUCUCUCUCCAGAAGCUGCCCGCUGUCCACCGGGUCGUGAGCAUUCCUGCGGUGAGCCGGGCGUCCGCUCUGGAUGCCGACAUCCACGAGCGGUCGGUGUACCUGGCCGACGGCGGCCACGGCUCACUGGAGCUCCUGAAGCUGAGCACCUCCAAGACCAAGCAGGCCCUGACUCCAGCUGGAAACAUCCUCACUCUCAAGAAGGAUGAUGAGGUAACUGCGCUGGCUGUUGAUUGGGUGACCUCCAACGUCUACUGGACCAGCCUUAACCUGCCCGACCUGCACCUGACCUCCAUCGACGGAGCCUACACCACCGCCCUCCUAGAGGGCUCGCUAAAGGGCUGUACCUCCAUUGCGGUCCACCCCCCCUCCGGGCGUCUCUGCUACUCGGCAGUGGGGAUGUCACGGAAGUCUGCGUCACAGGUUGACUGUGCCUACAUGGACGGCCGUAAACGGGUGGUCCUGUGGAAGAAAAGCAACAUCCCUACCUCCCUGGUUUUUGACAAAGACGGCAAGCGGAUCUUCUGGGCUGAUUUAGCUGAGGGCGUGGUGGGCUCCAUGGGCGUGGACGGUACUGGGUACAGGGCCUACCAGACGGGCCCAGGCUUCCUCAUGCUCUUCACCCGUGUGGACAACAUGCUGCUCUGGGUGACCUCUGACCAGGGAACCAGCAGACUGUGGGUGAGCGACGGGCUUCAGCCCAGACGGCUCUGGUUCCAGAUAAGGUCCUCCCUGCUAUCUCUCAAGGCCUACAGCAGGUCCAGCCAGACGGGGAGCAACAGCUGCUCCGUUCAGAAUGGAGGCUGUGCGCAGCUGUGUCUCGCACACCCUGACGGGCGGACCUGUCGCUGUGGGUGGGACUUCCGCAUUUCCGAUGUCACUUCCUGUGUUUCGGUGCCGCCCUGUGAGCCUGGCCAGGAGUCCUGCGGAGGUAGAGGCGGUAUCAAAGCUUGGGUUGGAGUGGAUGAGGCCAUCGCUGCCGUUCCCGGCGUCCAGAAGAACUUGACUUCCUGUGACAGCACGCACUGCAGCGGCCAGGGAAGAUGCUCCGGCGUGGACCUGGCCUGCCAGUGUAACCAUGGCUACAGUGGCGAGUUCUGCCAAGUGGAAGAGGGAGGGAGCCACGCCCCCGCUGUCAUAGCGACCCUGUGUGCCCUGACUGGACUGGUUGCUGCGGCGGUGGGGUACAAGAAGAGGCGGGCGUGUGGGCUGGGGAGGAGGCGGUCCAUGGAGAAGGAGACAUUGAUGACCAACAUGGCGAUGUCCCUGCCAGAGGACUUCUAUGACUCCGACACUGAGGAUCUGGACUCCCCCGUGGACCCGGGGGAGAAUGGCACGCCAGCAGAACCAGACAAAGAACCCCCCGGGCCCCAACCCUAAGGACUAGUAACUUAAGACUGUCCAGACUCCUGGAUGAACCGGCCACAUGUGACAUUAUAGUGCAUUAUACCCUUUUUAAAUGGACAUUUGACUCGACCGUGUAAUCAUGAAAUAAUUCAAAAAUACAUGUAAA